GAGAAGGCCCUGGAAGCAAACGAACGUGUUUUUUUUCCUUUCUAGUGGAACAACGCAGUGGUGGUCGACUGCGUUUUUUUUUUGCUUUGUCACUGUUGUUGUUCGCUCCAGUGCGGCAACCAGAUAGUCCUGUACACCUUCUUCGCCCCACAACAACACCCCCAAAAGCCUCUCGACGCGCAAAAUGCCCGGGGAUGGCAGCGAGAGCGCUCUCUCGGGGCUUCGCCUCUACGAAGGCUUGGUCAAAUCGCCCAACUCCCCGCGCGCAUCGAUCAGCAGCUACUCUUCGUUCCCGUCUUCCACGCCAAACCACGCAGCGAUGACCCCCAGGGAUUCAAUAGCUAUGAAAAGUGAAGCUUCGGGUUUUCUUUCAUCCCGAAGGACGACGUUAACCUCCAUCGCAGACUCCGACUCGUCGCCCUUCUCACCGAGACGGGAUUCGCUGCAGCCCGUCUCUAGCUUCUCCACGACACCGUCCCCGAAAGCAGACGCCGCCGCCGACGGUGUAAAGUUUGUGGACGAGAGCAAGGCUGCAUCUGGCAAGCGCAAACGCGCGACCCGUGCGACUCCCAUACGUCUUGUGAGCGGCAUGCAGGGCACGGUGCUACCGGAGCACCACGGCGCACUGCCCAAGAUGGGUCACACGGCCGUUUGCUACCAGCAGGGUGUGUACGUGUUUGGUGGCGUGAAUACGAAAGGGCAGUACAGCAACCACGUCUUCUGUCAUGAGAAGCGAAACCUGUCCUGGCAUGAAAUACGCGGUGUCGGUGUGGUGCCACGCGGGCGCGCCAACCACGCCGCCGUCCUCAUCGAAAGUAAGAUCUACGUCUUUGGCGGGCACCGACAGCUGGAGGUGUUCGACGAUCUGUUUGCCUACGAUAUCGUAACAAGCAGGUGGGAGAAGAUCAGCUACGAGCAGACGCAGGGUCCUGGUGGCGUCUUCCUUCACUGCAUGGUCCAUGUCCCCUCAUCGGACAGCCUCUUCGUUGUGGGUGGUGUGCACCAUCGCGAGCAGAACAGCUACCUCGGUCACUUGUUCGACAUCCGCAAUCGUGUAUGGAGCGGCGUGCCGCCGCCGCCCGCGGUGGACCCGCAGCACCUGCAGCUGGUCGCCGGCGCGUAUCACGAGCCCAGCAACUGCGUGGUGGUGCUCGGCUUAGAGGAGAGAGACGUCAUGAAGUCAGACUACGUGGCUGUCCCCUACGUCUACCUCUUCCAACCGCAGUCCUUUGCGUGGCGGCGGGUGGAGACGCCGACGGCGCCGGAGAGCCCGUUGCCCUUCCGCAUCGGGACGCUGUGGGAGCGUUUUCUCCACCUACUCAUCACCUCCGGCGGCGGCUUCUACGACUCCGUAUUGCAGGAAUGGAUGUUCCCGUUCCCGCUUUCGUCAUCGCCCAAGCCUGCCGCGGCCGCAGCGCCGGGAACGCAGAAGAAGACUGCCCCACCCCUACCAGCGCUGCCCCCGCCCCCGACGAACAAGCUAGGAUUCUUGGUGCUGAACUUACGCGAGAUGUCCUGGUCGCUCGUGCUGUGCAAGUUUCCGCGCAAGCUCCUCGCCGAGGUGAAGAUGUACAACGCCGCCGAGCGUCGCAAGGAGGAGCGAAACACUUCGCGUGGCAACGGCGGCGUCAACCCUUUAUCUCCGCAGGCGAACCGCUCCUCCUCCUUUACCCGGGCCAACCGAAGCGAAAGCGGCGUGCUGAACAUCUCGGGGCUGGCUCGUGCGAUGGCUCCGAACAACAGCGUUGCCGGCGUGUUUGGGCAGCGCCUCCCUCGCCGCAACUUAAGUUCGUCCUCUUCACAGGGCGUGACGUGGGGGGAGGACGCCGAUGUCAGCUUAGUCAGCGGUGGCACCGCGGGUGCUGGUAGAAGAAGCGGCGAUGCGGAUGCGCUCUACCCCGGCGGGGACCGCUAUCGUCGCAUCAUUAACUUCCAAGACGUGCCUGAGUUUACGCGGAAGUUUGUGCUGGUUGCGGUGCGCGAUGCGCCUCUCAGGAACGGUAAGCUGCGGCCGAUCCAGUACAUUGUACUCCAUGGGGGGCUGGUGGAGCAGCGGGACUACUCAAUGCUCGCCUUCAAGCCGAAGCUGACCCGCGUGGACGCGCUGGCCGCGACGAAGCAGAACGGGCAGAUAACCGGGCUGGUCCAGAAAUCGUCCUACCGCGCCCUGCGCGGAACGCGUAACAGCAUCACCAGCGGGCCUAUCGACGGCGAGGAGAUGAACGACGAGUGCAACAGCAAUGCCUUUACACCGACAACCGACGCGGAGUUCUUCAGCGAACUCUUUCAAGACAGCACAGGAGGAGCUGGUGGCGGUGCAGCUGGUGCGCAGAAGAGGUUCGGCGAUGCCGGCAGGCCGAGCUACGUGAGCAUGGAGGACGCAGAGAUCGACGCCUUCUCGCAGACGUUCCGCAACAGCGCUAGUGACGAGGAGCUUGGGCAGAACCUCGGCAACCUCGAAGACGGCGGCGCCCAGCUGCAGCGCACCUCACUCUUGCCGACGCUGCCCAGCGCCCGCACUCAGCGCAACGCCCACCGCUUUGCCCUCCAGUACACCGCUGAGAACGCGGUGCACACAGAGAGUCUGCUGCCCUACGCCAACAUACCCGUCGCGGUGCUGCAGUCCUCACACGACGUGUACAAGUGGUCCAAGAACUACUACAGCUAUCAGCGGCGUUGGCUCUCGGAGAAGCUGCGGGACGCGCUGUCGGAAGAUCGCAAGCUGCGGCGGCUGCGCCGGGCCGCCAACGCGCGCAGCGGGCGGCCGACUUCCGCGGGCGGCAGCAGUGCCGCCCGGGCCUCCCGCAACUCCAUGCAGUCCGACGUCAGCCUCGACGAUUCAGACUCCCUCAUGGAGUCGUUGUACAUGUGCGAGUCCGUGACAACCCUGGCGCGCGGCGGUAAGUCGACGAAGAAGAAGCGCUCGACCAUACAAGCCUUUGAGGACCAACUGGCGAUGGAGGCGGCUGCCGCGGCGGUGGAGAACCAAGAGGCCCCGAAGCGCCGCGUUCAGGACUUCUUCGAGGAGCGCCACCUGGAGCCUUUUGUAGCCGAAGAUGUGGCGCAGUUAACACGUUUGAGCUACGACGCCUCCACCAUGCCGGACGAACGUGUCAAGACGAAGAAGCUCAAGAGGAAGCAGAGCAUGUCAACGGACGCGUCCAGGUCGAAGAAAUCCAAGGCCGCAUCUGACGUCGGUGCAGCAGGCUCCAAAAGAAGAGGCUCCAAGGCCGGUGCACCUUCAGCGGCGUCCCACGCGCCAGCUGCUGUCGCGGCGGCACGGCCACCAAAUGCGCUUGCGCCUAUCGUGUGCCAGUCCAUUGCCUCCCGGGUGAGCUUUGAGCGUUUCAGUAUGGUGCCCAAGCGCCGUAGCGGACGCGAGCGCUGCAGCUCGGUUGGCUGUCCGGUUGUGAGCGACGGUGGCCACAACGAAGUUGCCCGCAACGUCUCUCAGUUGUUGAUGCACAACGCACUUGACCGCUUUCGCACCGACGACGACAGCGUCGAGACACGGAGCCGAAAGGCGCGGCUGCGGUGGCGCUUUCUGCGGGCCCUGGUGUGCACCGGAGAGGCGUCGUACGUGAUGUAUUUGGCAAGCCAGGCGCAGUUCAAGAUGAAGGGCAUCACGGUGUCUAGCACACCGGGGCUUGUGUUGGCACCAGAGCUGCAUUUGGUGGGGCCCUCGCAGGCGUACAGAGUGCCGUCUAAACCGGUCCCCUACAAGGUGUCGAACUCGUCCGGCACCGCACAGGCGCCCCCUCCGACAUCCGCUUCCGCUGCCCGUUUCACCCAAGUGACGAACUCUGGCAUGGUGGUGUACCACUCGCUUUGCUGA